AUGUCUCGUCGCGGCGUUGGCCUCGGGGCCUUCGUCAAUCGCAACCAGACAACUCAGUCAUAUGCUACCCACGGUGCUAAUUUACGGUCUACGCAUCUCGCCUCCCUCCAAACCCAGCUCUCCGUCUUCCAAUCGUUGCUACAUACCUUCGCUCUCGAACACAGUUCCACCAUCAAGUCCAAUCCCACCUUCCGAGCAGAGUUCGCGCGGAUGUGCAACACGAUCGGCGUGGAUCCCCUUGCCGCCAGUAACAUCAAAGGUAAGAAUGGCCGCCGCGGACUCGGUGAGGGGGGCAGUUUCUGGACACAAAUUCUGGGCGGCGAUAUGAACGACUUCUACUUCGAAGUUGCUGUCCGAGUGGUGGAACUGUGUCGGGAAACAAGGAGUGAAAAUGGAGGCUUACUUGGUGUUGAAGAAUGCCGAACGCGAGUGGGCAAAGGGAAGGCGAUUGGGAGUGGCCUGGAGGUUUCUGAGGAUGACAUCCUGCGCGCUGUUCGCUCCCUUGAACCUCUCGCCUCCGGGUUCUCCAUCGUCCGCGUUGGCACCAAGCAAUACAUCCGCUCAAUUCCCAAGGAGCUUAAUACCGACCAAGCUACGGUUCUUGAAGCGAUACAAGUGUUAGGGUUCGUGAGCGUUUCGAUGUUGCGGCUCAAUCUCAACUGGGAAAAGGCCCGAGCGCAAACAGUGAUCGACGACUUGCUGGCCGACGGUCUAGUUUGGUUGGAUGCUCAGGGACCAGAGAAAGAAUACUGGUCACCUCAAAAUCUCCUUGAUGAUAGUGGGUGA